GAUCCGUGAGCAGAUCCUGGCAUGAUUUGGAGACGGUCUGCUUCAAUGAAUCGGCCAUUCUUUCCUGUAAGUAUUUUUGUUACAACAUUUUUUUAAGCAUUAUAUAUAAGUACUUCUUUUUGUAAUUGUAACUAGGUAGUGUACUAGCUAGGUUUUGUGAAGAACAAGAACUAUGCCCGCUACAAGGCAAUACAAGGGUUUCAUUUUUGCUUGAGCUCCUCAGUUGGGCGAGGACAACUCACUCUCCUACACGACUUUCUUGUUUAACCUGCUGAAAUAAACCCUUCGUUCUCUUCAAGAAGACGCCUCAUCUGGUUCUUACGAGCUACGACUACGCCUCAUCUGGUUCUUACGAGCUACGACUACGCCUCAUCUGGUUCUUACGAGCUACGACUUCAGCGACGAUGGGAAGAGAAGCACGAACUACAACAGGUCAUCUUGCAGUGUCUUGUUUGGUUGGUGGAUCACGGACCAUCCUACUAGUACCAAAAGCUGUUCUAGGAACAACCACCACAGCCACGCUGCUUCUAGUUCUAUUUGGAGGAUUCUUUACCGGAGAAAUAACGCCCGCAUAUGGACGAGCUUCGUAUCUGACAGGAGGCCCCUCGUCCGGACCAAAUGUAGAAGACCACGACCAUGUAGUACUAGCAACGCUUGAUGCGGAUGGUACAGAGGCUACAGAACCAACUGUCGAAGACGAGGACGAUGAGCCGUCUAGUGCUGCUGUUACAACAACCUCGCAAGUAGAUGCACAUCAGGGAGUAGAGGAAAUACCUUACGGCGUGUCCGGUUUGUGUCAUGGGGUGGCGAAUGAGCGAGGAGGAAACUGCUGUGGUCCCAUCGUAGCACUGUUGUUAAGAAUCAUUUUCGAUAAAUUGGCAGAUUGCAGCCUCCAAUUGAGAGCAGUCAGACUAAGACUGUGAAUUAAAGAUCCUUAGCUAGUGCUCCUGCCUUGUCAGAACCGCACAUAGAAGAACCGAGUAGAGUGGAUAAUUUCUACUGUUGGUAGUUCUUGUGAGUUGUACGCAUUGAGUUGUAGAAGAAAGAGAAGAACCGCGUGCGAGUGAGUCUAUCACAGAAGAUCAGCGCUCUUCUAUUUAUCACAAAUCAGAUUUCUUCUAAUCUUAGGCGCACGCUGUGCCGCAUCGGGGAUUACAUUGGCUUCAGGGAGGACUCGCGGCCGAGGCAGCGCAACGACGCCAGCACAGCAAGUAGCCGUGGAGCACCAGGACCAAGAGGAUUUUGCGACCGCUCUAAGUCACCAGAGCCAAGGAGCACCUACUGUGGAUUGUCGUAGAAGAGUACGUGCAUGCAGAGAUCAAUCAGAUCAAUCUCAAGAACAAGGACAAAGACAAAAUCAAGGUCAACAACUAUCUGUUGUACUACGCAAAGGAGCGCAUGACGACCAAGAACAUGUUGUUGAGGGUCCAACUUCUACAGAGGUGGCACAUCAUCCACAAGUUGAAGCUCCUCACCAACAUAGAGUGGAGAACAAAAAGAGAGCAGGCCUCAUGGACGACAAGAAUCACAAAAAAUAUGGUCAAUCUGAGGUUGACAUGUACCAGCAGAUCCAGACCGAGCAACGCUGGGGCCAAAUGUGCCAGAUCUUGAAGAAUGACGUGGUGCGCGGCCAAGGUUUCCCUCUCUUUUCCGGUAUUCUCGUCACUUACUUUAAGACUUGAUCCUUGAAUCCAUAUCCAUCCUCAAAAGGAAUGUUGUAGCAUUCGAAAUUACUUACUAGUAAGUAAGUAAGAGCAACAGUAAGAGAAAGAGUGUUCAUCUUUCCCUUGAAGGGGAAAGUGAAAGGUCCCAGAAUCAUGAGGAUGCUCUUUCAACUGAACUCAAGAUAGACAGGUUAUGUUAAUGGUGAGCUCUAAUUACUGGCUUGGUCAAGCCGGGUGCGUCGGAACUGGUGCUUUUGCUCAUGGAGUGGUGAAACUUGGAGUCUACCUACCCGUCAUCUUUUACGAGAAGAACAGAUACACUCGCACUGAAAAAGGUUAAGGUGCUCACUUUCAACGAGAAAGCGACCCGCAUCCUAAGUGUGAGUGUAUUUUUCUACUUCUCCUUCAUGUUUUCCUCUUCUGGUUCAUCCGAGCGGCUCUGCUAUGGACAGACCCUAAGGCAGCACUACUCGAGGAACAGUUCGCGGCUCUACGCAAGAAGGUGGAUCGACUCAAGAUCUUGCGCUAUCAAAUCAAAACUUAUGCUCCUGGACGAGCAAAAACACUAUAAAACUAGGACUAGUAGUACAGUCUAGUUUGUAGCUUUUCGAAGUCAACUAUAUUCUGCUCGUUUAGUCCAUACUCACGAGGUGUAAGUAUCUAUCAGUACUACCAAUCUAAGAGAAAAAAGUCUCGUGGUUCUUGGUGAAGAAGUAGUAACGCAAGAACAACUACAUGAAAGGAGAAGGGCAUGAAGAGAAGUCAUGCUCCUCAUCCAUGCCGCAUGAUCAUCUGUCUUCAUAAUCAUAUUCUAAAUGCUAUGGAGAGAUGGCUCGCGUGGCUGGUUCGACGCCUUUCUUCUCGAGGAGGACGAAGACGUGCGCACAGGUGAAUAUUUCGCGCAGCAAGCUCUGCAGCAACUCGUUUGCAGUGCGCCAAGCACAGCCGCAUCCAGUGCAUCCACGAUGGGGGCAACUGGAAGCAACCGAGCGACAGUCAAGGGCGAGGGCGAACCACAACAUUAAGAGAGUGGAGUGGCAGUGGUCGCACUUCUAGUGUGCUAGUAUUAUAAGUACUACUUACUGCCCACUGAAACUGAGACAGAGACUGACACUGAUGUAAGUCAAAGUCAUGUCUGGAAAAUUAUAUAAGUCAGUUUCUCGAAUAGUUCUUGUAGUACGUGGCUGUCAGUGUGGAGGCUGUGGACGAAGAUCUGGAUUCCUUAUUUUCAGCGUAAAACUGGGACGAAUGGCUAAAGCAUCUACAUCUAAUCAUAAGAGCCAAGAAGUUGCACGAGUACAGGUGGCCCAGACGUGGUCGAAAGUGGAGGUACUUCGGACGCGGACGCGGAGGCAGGCGGAGCUGGGUGUGGUGCGUGGCGUCCUGGUGAAUGGUGUGCAGGACCUACAGGCUCGCACCAGCCGACGGAGCCCACUGUGGCCACGACAACUCACGUCUUUGGAGAACAAGAGGAUGGCAGUUCCAGAUCUCCGUUUCGAACGGCCGUUGUGUACACGGCUGGUGAGUUUGAUAAUGUUGUAGUAGCUGCAGACGGAGGUAGUCGCGACGGGCGACACAAUGAAUCAGGAGGUCGUGAUUUAGCUGCAGGUGACAGGAGUAUUAAGGGUAGGUUAAAGGUGCUUUUCUUACCGCUUUUUAUGCCUCUCCUAAGGGAGAAAGGCAUAAAAAGCGGGGUAAGCAAGCACCAAAAACCUACCUCUAAGAGUACCAAGAGGACACAUAGAGCAGGAGGUGCUUCGAGUUCGACAGGACCACAUCAGAGUAACAACAACAAGAAUGCUUCGGGGAAGAGCCUGUUCGGCGGAAGGAGUGCACUCUUUCUUGCGCGUACCAAAUCGAAACUGUCUGUUGGAGCCGGGGCUGGCGCGUCUUUGAGAUUAUGUUCACAUGUUAUUGAAGAUAAAUUCUUUUUCUUGUUCAAUGCUCAUGUAAUAAAUCUUAAUGUGAUGUUGAAAGUACAACAACUUGUUUACAAGGGCGUGCGAGUCGUUGUCGACGAAUCAUUCGAAUAGAAGACAAGUAAGUAUCUUAGGCUUGUUAUGUGGCUGUGACUGUCUCUGACAGUCAACACAGUCAGCACAAUAAUCCACCUACAAUGAAAUAUCUUGUUCUUCAAAGCACUCUUUCUCUUCUAACCUUAGGGAGGAACGAGGACGACACUGGCAAAAUGCGGAGGAGCCAUUUUGACGAUUUGCGACAUGUAAGGGAGUUGAGGCGCAGCCGUAAACAAUUGCAGCAAAGCCGUGGCCAGAACCGUUUGUCACCAAAAAGUGCUUUGCGACUUAGAUACACAAGAUCUGACAUAGGUAGUGCAGCUUCUUCGGCAACGGCACUUGCACUAGAAGAAAGGAGGCUUGGUAGAGUUGGGUCAGGAGCAAAAGGCGCAGCAGAGGCUGCUGGAAGUACAUUAACAUUUACAACAUUUCUAAGUCUGUUAAACUUAAAUAGAAUACCUUUACGUACUCCCUAUCAAAAUCAAUAUUCAACAUGAAAGUAUAAGAUGAACCUAUAUCCCCAUUGUGCUUACCACGCAAGUGUACUUCUCAUUAUCUUGUAAGGAAGGUACAUGCUUAGGCAAGGCAUCGCUCGUCUUGAUCAUCCAACAAUGUACAUGAUAGGUUUAACAUCUCAUGCAGCCCCCGAGCGGUCUUCCUCUUCCUCCUCUGGAGGGCCUUUGGUGUAUUCUGCUGGAGCGUUGGUCACAAGCCAAAGCCAAGAGGAGCCUAUGGUUGUUAAGGCUUCCUUCAGUGCAUUUUGAGAAUGAGAAGCAUCCUUCUGGAGAGGCUUCUCAAGAGGAAUCUCAAGAUGGACCAGGUUUUUAGGUCGAGGUCUAAUAUUGGAGGUGGGGGUAUCAAGGAGGACGAGCAGGACCACUUAGAUUUAGGCCACGAGGAACCUUGUUCCAACAUGGGCCCUAGCACGGCUCUUUUGCGCUUACAGAGGAAGAGUCGGAGUGCGGCACUGGCACAACUAGAAACGUUUCGAGGACAGGCAGAAUCGCUAGCAGCGUUGCUCACUGCGCACUUAUGAACAAGGGUCUUGGACCCUUUCUGUAGUGUAGAUCUAUGGUAUAAAUAAAAUGUAGAACAAGUAGUGGCAAAAAUACACGAAUCCGAUGAAAAACAAGUUGAAGUUCAAGUACCUACUACUUUCGAGAAGAAGGAACUCAAGAUCAAUAAUCUCUGACUCUAGUAGAAAACGAAGAACUUCUCAACUUUAUCAUUCAGGAAGAUCAAGAAGAUCUUUACUACUUCAUCACCUGCUUCAUAAUCUGACACGUUAGCAGACGAGGUAAAACGAGAUUUCCGAUUAUUGUUAUCUCUUGCGUCAGAAGCCCGUAGCCGUAGUUGCCAGGAAACCCUGCUAGAAACCCUGUUGGAGUUAAGGCUUCCCCUAUAGUGGAGGUGCAUCUACUUCAGAGAAGCACGGCAUCCUAGGAGAGGGAGAGAGACGUUUUCAAGGGGAAAACGGAUUCAGGAUGGUCCUCAGGAUGAAUAAGGGUGAGCCCUAAUAGAAGAAGGCGACGAAGAUUCCCUUCGCGCAGAGAUGCUGCAAAGACGAAGAGAGCACUUUCAAGGAAUCCAACACGAAAAUACCUCUGGAGGCAAACAAGAACAGACAUCAGGAGCACCACUUUUACAUGGUCGGGCCCGCUCCACCACGACGAGAGGCGCCGCUUCUACAGUGACGCCGCAUUUUGGAGCUGAGUUGUCUCGAACAGGUAGUAGGGCGAGCAGUACUUCUGUUUUCAGUGGGGGCGCAAGUACUAUGUUUAUGAACGUCACGGUUUUUGUUUGACAGCACGAGUAGAUGGCGCACGCGCUUCGGCGUCGUCCAUUGCUCACACAAUUUGCUUAAAGAUGCUGGAUAUCUUCAUCUAGUAAAUCAUGAACAAGCACUGGAAGUAACUAUGAGUCACUAUACCAACAAGAAGAAGAAACAGAAAGACAUGAAGUAGAAGAAAGACGCCUCUCUUCUAAUCUCCAUGGCAAGCCGGCGCCGCGCACACCCACGGGUUCCUCCGUUGCGUCGUCGUCAGUCUGCAUCGAUCAGCACAUCCUUCCGGAUCCGGCCCCUGAAGGAGACAUAGAUUAAGCCCCCUUCCCUAAACCCUAAUCCAUCAAUCUUGAGAGACAUCCUGAGAGUCCUCUUCAAGGGCAUCAAACGGCACCUCCCAGGAUGGAGGUGGACGUGGACCUCGCGAUGAUUAGUGCGAAGAACUCUAAAUAGAACUCGGUCGUUUCUUCGCAGGUUCCUCGCAGUUGGCUAGUGGACAACAAGCAGAUAAUGUUCUCGCCUUGGAAGAGGCGGAAGAGAUGAGUGAGGGUAACAGUUUUUUGCUGGACCUCGCUGCUCAGCGGUGCAGGCAAGUGAAAACAAGGACUCAAGUUUGCAACGUGGUUCUUGCGAUUCUGCGGCUCAUAUUUUGUCUGCCUGCUUGUGGAGACGCGCAGGGGGCUAAUGCCUGUGGAUGCUGCGCCUGUGGUGUACCUUCCUUUAAGGCUUUCUCCUUUAAGCGCUAGUAACACUGAAUAAGAGCACUAAAAACAAGUAAUACGUGUUCAACUAGAAAAAACAAGAAUAAGAGGAGAGCUAAAAACAAGAAACGUCAAAAGCUUGAUCCGAUCACUACCCAUCAUUUACAGUUUAAAGGAAAUGGGUCUCAACAAGUAGAUGUUGGAUGUCUAAUUGCUGUUGCGGAGGAUCGAAAGGCUCGUGCUGUCUCGCUAGUUUGUGCUGUCCAUGGCGUGCCGGUUGUUGUCGUCGACGUAAACAAGCUGAGACGGAUACUGGUGUUAAGGAUCAUUUGGCGCGUUGAAUUAGUUGUUAGAACUGCUCAGGCAUAGUAGACCGGUGACAGGCUGUUAUGUUGUAUGUGUAGAUUUUAUUACAACUGAUCGACUCCAUUUUUAUUUUUUGCACUUCUAAGAAUCAUGAAAGCGAAGUGCAAACACAAGUAGAGCAAGGGCGAAGUGGUAGGUGUUGUAACAACAAAAGCAGCAAGUCCUCGAAGUGUUGCUUUCCUUGUUGUCGUAGACGGUCAAGCCGCGACUCAGACUCCGAGGAGUGCGAAAACAGCGAUCGUUGCAACCACGCGAAAGAAGUGGAAAGAAGAGGUCAGCCUCCUAUUAAGACUAGAAGAAACCCAUCUUCACAGGCACCCUGAGACCGUUUUCAAGUAGAGGAAAAAAGGUCCUCGGAUGCUUCUCACAAUGGAUUUCUCUUAGUUCUAAUCCUAAGAGUGGCCAUGGCCGCGGAGGAAGGUGCGGCGGGCAAACCCUAUUGGACGUUUCUCCACUUUAUGGGAAGGAUAUUGUAUCUAUAGAUAAUGAGUACGGGCUGAUACUAUGUAGGUAUGUUUUUUAGAUUCCUCUCUACUUUGCCACUUUCAUUCUUCCGAAUUAUCGGAGUUAUUGUACGAAGGAUGUGAGGAGCUCGAGAUGUGGGCGGGUCGUGAGGCUGACUUAUCGGAGUUGGCGCACUCAAGGGCAGACGAAACCGUGGAAAAUCUGCGACAGGCCAUGGCACAACUUCAGAUCAAUGCUCAGUAAGAUGGACGAUAGAAGGAUGACACAGCUUCAGAUCAACAGUCGUGGCCAGUAAGAUGGUGCGAGAGGCAGGAGAACUACAACAAUCACUAUGGUCGUUGGAUGGAUGGCACAGCUUCAGAUCAAGAACAAGAAUCUGGUCAUUAUAAGUUAGGAGCAACAACAAAUGAUAAACAUAAAAAACAAGGAGCCAGCAGACAGCAUGGAAAUGGUAUGGCUACGAACAAGAUGAAAAAUGAUCUCAGACCAUAUAAAACCGGACAUGAAAUUAUAACCGAGUAAGUAGAAGCCUAGAAGUAGAGAAUCAUCGCAGUCGCAGACAUUCUCAUUCGGUUACUUGUUGCGUUUGUUACAACUCGCUCUUCCUACAUUAAGAUCCACUUGUUAGGGUAUUCAAGUGGGUCUUUAUGUAGGAGGAGCACAAGUACGCAAACAGCGAGAUCAUUUUUUCCCGUCAAGAAAUUCGGGCUCGAUGAACAUGUUGAAGGCACUCAAGAACGAUAGCAGGAGGUGAAAGUAACGCCGACCAGCAGUUGCUGACGUGCCGACUGCAUUGCAAAGACAGCAUUUCACGCGAUCAUUGAUUCAUUCUUGAGAAUAUUUCUACGAGUACUUAAGAGUUCUUAGUAGAGGGUGCUAUCAGACACGGUCCUACAAAUCUUAAAUUCAUCUUGCAUCUUUCAUACUACUAUCGUAUCUUCUUGCAUAAAAUAAUAUCUAUCUUUCAUGUUUUUAUCUCUUUGGUUAGCACCUUGAUUUUGAUUAGCAGCACCAAAAGUUAAGGUCGCUAUGCAUCUUGAGUACUCAGAGAAAUUCAAAUUCUUGGUUUCCUCCUUUGUUUGUGAAAGACAAAAGCCAUAUUACUGUCCCUAAAUUUUUGUCAUGAACAAGUACGCAUUGCCAUUCACAUGAACAUGAUGAGACAGAGUAUUUCUGCGUUAUUUUCUAUGUAGUUUUUAGAGGGCUCAAUCAGAUGAAAUAGGUCAGGACUGCACAUCGGCCAUCUUCAACGUGUGUCUUUACCCUUGGUACAUCUUUCGACCAAGAAAGUACGUCACAAAAAAUGAGUCACAACAUCAACAGAGGAUGAAUCAAAGCAGCGCGCCUUGAAAAGAAUGCUCAUGAGAAGUUCCCC